GUUAUCCAGUUUUCCCAUGAAUAUAGCUUAAGUUAUCGUAGGUCAACCAAUGGGGGUUAGCGACGACCCACUGGAAUUUUCCUUUCCUUUUAGAACUUAGUUCAGCUUUGCCAGUGCUCCGGAUGAGAUCGCCAUGGCAAUGAUGCGGAGAUCGCGGAUCUGGUUGCUCGGGCUGCUGCUGCUGCUGGAAAUGACGCCUCCUGCCAUUCCGCUGCCCAUCCGAUCCUCCCAGUCACUGGCCCUUCUGCGAGCUCGGGAUCAGUGCGGCAGGGAGCUGACUGCCGCCCAGCGUCUCCAGCUGGACAGGAUGCAGUACGAGGAUGCACCCCAUGUGCGCCACUAUCUGCAUUGCUUCUGGUCGCGCCUGCAACUCUGGCUGGAUGAGUCCGGCUUCCAGGCGCAGCGCAUUGUCCAGAGUUUCGGUGGCGAGAGACGCCUCAAUGUGGAGCAGGCACUGCCCGCCAUCAACGGGUGCAAUGCGAAAACGAGCUCCAGAGGAUUGCGAUCGCAGGCGGAGGUCGACUGGUGUUUCCGUGCCUUUAUCUGCGUGCUGUCCACUCCAGUGGGUGAGUGGUACAAGCGCCACAUGUCCGAUGUCAUCAAUGGGAAUGCCUAGAAUUAACAAUUGGCAGGCAAACAACAAAUGGACUAAUAGGACCCAAAUGUAAAGGAAAUCGAUGGAAACUUUGUUUCAAAAGUCAAAAAUCACUUUUGCUUUUGACCUACACUGAAAUCUAGCAGGUCACAGCUGCAAAAUUCGAAAAUAUGCUACAAUAGAGCCCAUUUCGGAGCCUGGGUGCGAGAUUCGGAAAACCAGGGAGAAUGGGAAGCGCAGGCGUACCGAAUACCAUCAUCUGGUGCGGCAGUGAUGCCGGCCUCCAGCCGCCGAGAUCCACCCAGCUGCAUGCGGAGAG